AUGGCAGCUCUCAUGCUGCUGUCCAUCUUGGCCUGUGUCCUUGUGGGGAACAUGGGGAAGAUCUUCCGGCGCUGCGAGCUGGCCCAAGUGCUGCACCAGGCAGGGAUGGAUGGGUUCCGAGGCUACAGCCUGGCUGAUUGGCUGUGCAUGGCAUUCCACGAAAGCCGGUUCAACACGGACAUGGUGGACCAUGAAGCUGAUGGCAGCACUGACAACGGCAUCUUCCAGAUCAACAGCCGCCAGUGGUGUGAUGACUACAGGAGCUCCACCCAGAACCUUUGUCACAUGCACUGCAGUGAUUUGCUGACCAGUAACAUCAACGAUGACAUCGUGUGUGCCAUGCAGAUUGUGCAACAGCCAAGGGGCAUGGGGGCCUGGCUGGCCUGGAGGAAACACUGUGAGGGCCAUGAGCUCUCACAGUGGGUGGAAGGAUGCAAUGUGGGAAGUAGAUGAAGGAGUGCCUUGGGAUGCCCUGGACCUGCUAGAUGGGGCAUACUGCAGUCACAUCAGUCUCCUGCAGAUUUAGCACCUCAUUGAAAUCCUCCGUGAGCACCUACUUCUCCUUCUUAACUAGCUCCAAAGUGGGUCAUUAACUGUGGGGGAGUGUUGUCCCCCUAGUGAGAUUGCACCUUAAGGCACUGGGAGCAGAUUUUCCUGAAUAAAGCUGUCUGACGGUCUAAUGACAAAAGGGUCACACAUUUUAUUUAGAGAAGACAAUAGGAUGGGGGGGGAGGGGCGCCUGAGAGAGUCAGGACUCCUGGGUUCUAUCCCUCGCUCUGGGAUGGGAGUGGGGAUUCUAGUGACAAGAGUGUGGGUGGGGAAAGAGCUGAGUGUCAGGGUUCCUGGAUUCCAUUCCCAACUCUGGGAGGGGCUGGGAGUCAGGAUGCCUGGGUUCUAUUCCUGACUGUGGGAAGGGCUGGAAGUCAGGGAUCCUUGAUUCUCUUCCCAUUUCUGUUCAUCCAUCUCCUUGGAGCCUAUUUCUAUCUAUUCUGGCUCCCUUGUCACAAUAACUCUGAAGCAGCUACUAUCCACAAUGAGACCCUGGGGGAAGAUGGAGUCAUCCUGGCCAUCUCAGGGAGGGCAGGCUCAUCCCCCUUUGCACACAAGGAACUGUAAAAUACAAUACACUUCUUGGUUUAGCAUGGUGAAGAGCCCCUUUGCCUUUCCUGAUCCUCCACUGUGCCCAUGUGUCUGCUUCAUUGUGUUUGCAUAAAUCCCCAGUGGCUUAUGUGGGAAAUGUUUUCAAAUUCCCCAGCUAAGACCACACACAUUCCAGUGUCAGUCACUAAACUGAGGUCAAUUCAUCUGUCGGACUCUAUGGAGAGAGAGAGAGAGAAAGGUGUGUAUGGGGAUAGAUAAAUAUAUAGCCAAGUGUUUAUGGGGAUAGACAGACAGAUGCAUACGGCAAUAGAAGAACAGACAGAGGUGAAACUGGGCGUGGGAGAAGAAGCCUAGUGGUACUUGAGGUGAUCAGAGGGCAGGCCAGAGGAGCCUAGGUUUGUCCCGAUUUUAUAGAGACAGUCCCAAUUUUUGGGUCUUUUUCUUAUAUAGGCUCCUAUUACCCCCCACCCCCGUCCCGAUUUUUCACAUUUGCUGUGUGGGGGUGUGAGAACUGGCACAGUUUGGCGGCUCCCAUAUGCUGGUCAGAUUUCCCUGUGCCCAGGAUCCUAGCCCCACUGCCUGUGUGACCAGCAUGGGAGUAGGGACCUAUACACUCCUCUGGCUCCAGCUGGGAACAGGCUGAAGGGACAAUCCUGAACAUGUACAGUGCUCCCCAUCUUCAGAGUGUGCUGCACAACCUGGAUAGGUGGUUAAAAUGCCAGAACAAACCACUCUUGGAUACAUUACUGCACACAGCCCUGUGGCUGGGGUUUGAUUAAAUAAAAAUAAGCAGCGAAGCUGCAGCACUGCCAAAUAGUGCAAUCCCCUCCUGCUUUGGUAUAAAUAAUUCAGACAGCACAGAACCCAGGAGUCCUGAUUCCCGCACUAAGCACUGGUGAAUGGGAAAACUCCACAUCUCUUUGCUAGCAGGUUAUUUUCCUGCAUGUUACAAAGCAGCAACCAGGCAAUAUACUGGGCCUGAAGCCUUCAGCACCUAGGAAACUCCAACUAGUACAAAAUGCUUCAGUGUGUCGCCUCAGAAACAGGCUACCAUGAACACAUUAAACCCUGUCCUGCACUCCCUACACUAGCUCCCUAUAGAACAACUAUAGGUUCUCAAACUAUUGAGCAAGCCUCUGAGUGCAACCCCCCCUUAUAAAUUAAAAACACUUGUUUAUAUAUUUAACACCAUUAUAAAUGCUGGCGGCAAAGCAGGGUUUGGGGUGGAGGCUGACAGCUCGCGACGCCCCAUGUAAUAACCUCACGACCACCUGAGGGAUCCCGAUCCCAAGUUUGAGAACCCCUGCUAUAGAAUUUAAACAAGUUCAAAGUCUCAGUCCCUGUCUUCAAUGUGCCCCAUGGCCUUGGCUGAGGGUAUUGAAAAGACUGUCUAGAGAGUGAAGAAGCUGAUUAUUUGAGUCAUAAUUUCCUUGGUGCAAUCCCGUUCAUUUACAAAGACUGGCCACACAGGCCUGUCUCCAUGAACAGAGCAGAAACAAACAACAGCAGGCAGUUUAAGGAACAGUUUAAGGAUUCAGAAAUCAAACACCAUGUCUACACUAGCACUUUUGUCAGUAUAACUUAUGUAGCUCAGGGGUGUGAAAAAAACACACCCCUGAGCAACGUGUUACACCGACAGAAACACUGGUAUGGGCAGUGCUAUGGUGGCGGGAGUGCUCCUUUCGCCACCCUAGCUACUGCUGUUUGAAGGAGGUGGUUUAAUUAUGUUGACAGGACAGAUCUCUCCUGGUACAGCUGUGCUGCUGUAAACUCUUUAGUGUAGACAUGGCUUGUCUCUCCAACAAGUACUGCAUCCAAAAGAAAGCUCUGCCUCUUGCUUCCUGCCAGGGUCAUGUUCACAACUAGAGCUGGCUGAAACUUUGGGGUUUCACAAGAAAGUUAGGUAUUCUGCAAUUUGCUUUUGUUCCAAUUCUGAUUGAAAGCAAAUUUUACUGAAAUUUCUCACGAACCAAAGGUGAUGACAGCCCUUAACACCUUUCCAUGUAACACCAGCAGUAUUCUCAGCUCUGCCAAAUGAUCAACUUGAUGGAGUUUUAAAUGGUGAUACCCUGAAAGAUGACAUCACACACACACAAUUAAGAAAUUACAACCUAUACAAUUGUAACUGUUUCAAUAUGCUGUGCUUCUGUCAUGACUGGAGCUGGUCUGAAAUUAUCUGACUAAACAGUUUUGUCAGAAAAUGCUGAUUCAGUGGAAUCAGAACAUUCCACCAGAAUGUGAUGAUUCCAUUGAAAUGUUUGCCUGUCUACUUGCCUGCUUUCCUGCCAGCUGAGUUCUCACUGUAUGUUCCUCCUGCAGCUUUUGUGCUAAAUUCAGUUGAGCUUUUGGUUGUCAGGAUCCAGUAAAUAUCUGUAGUGGCAAACAUGUUGGCAGUAGUUGGAGAAAACUCCAGUAUUUUCAGUGUGUUACAGAGUGAUUCUAAGUUUUCCAUAAUGAAAUGACCUUGGUGAGCAGAAUCUGGCGGUCAUUUCAGUUAUUUGCCAGUCUCUUCAGAGUUUCUGCUUUAGAACCAACUCAGCAUGAUCUAAGACAGUGGUUCUCAACUGGGGGGGUCUGUGGUGCCCCCCAUGCCCCCUGCAGGGCUGAAGCUGGAAGCUGAGGGACUGAAACUUGAGCCCAUGCGGGGCUAAAGCUGGGACUCUCAGUAGGACAGAAGCUCUGAGCCCAUGGGUGGAGUAGUGGAGGUGUUGAGCCUCCAAACUGCAGUGCCUUACCCAGAGCUGAGCAGUCCUGGGGUCAGCUCCACACCCUUCUACCUCCUCCUCUCCCCCAGCCCUUGAGGCCCUACCCCCUGACUAGGUCGGAGGAGGGCAGGGGGGCUGGAACAAUUUCUAUAGUGGGGGUGCUGAAAGCCAUUGAACCAAAUUGUAAACAAUGUAUAUAAUGGAAUCCACUUCAACACCUAGUUUCAGCACCUGUGGAGGUGGGAAGUCAAAGCUGGGCACUGUAGGGUAGCUGCUGCUCUGGCUGGUGCCAUGUAGCAGGCAGGAGCAGCACUCCCAUCUUCUGCUGCUGUCUGGGAUUGCACCUGCUCCUCAGCUCCCAGCCCCCUUUGACUGGUCAUGCAGCCAGUAAGAGCUGCCCAGGCAGGAGGACCCGGCUCAGGGGUUGCAGAGCUCUUGGGGAGCAGUGAUCACGGGGGGGGGGGUCCCUCCCAAGCUACCCCUCUCCCUGUGCCCUGAGCUACCCCUCUGCCCGCAGCCAGCCCCUAGCUCCCCUUCCCCACAGCCUGAGCUACCCCUCUGCCCACACACAGUCCGUAGCUAUCCCCUCCCUGCACCCUGAGCUACCCCCUGCCCACGCACAGCCCCUAGCUACCUCUCACUGCACCCUGAGCUACCCCGUACCCGCACACAGCCCCUAGCUCCUGCUCCCUGCACCCUGAGCUACCCCUCUGCCCACAUACAGCCUGUAGAUACCUCCUGCCUACACACAGCCCAUGGCUAUCCCCUCCCUGCACCCUGAGCUACCCCCUGCCUGCACACAGCCCCUAGCUAUGCACUCCCUGCACCCUGAGCUACCCCUUGCCUGCAUACAGCCCCUAGCUACCCCUCGCUGCACCCUGAG